UAUUAUCUCCCUGCCUCCCUUCUUUGUGAGAAUUCCUGUCUACCUGUCUGAACAGGGAACGGUGGGCAUGAGAACCGGGUGACAGAGAGGGACAGGGAGAAAGAGGGGGAGAAAAGGGAGGGAUGCCGGCGGAGGUGAAGUGGGAGGAACGCUAGUAAAGAGUGAAAACAGGAAGUAGGCUGCGGGGUGAGAUGAAUUAAGUGAGGGGAACUCGAGGCGAGGACGUCUUCUACUCGGCUCACACACCGCUCCUCGCAUUUCUCUGGCUGGCUCUCCCCCCCUCCUCCCCCCCUUCCCCCUCUCACCUCGCACUGAGAGGUCUUUUGCUCCGCGGGCUAGUUUUUAACCCUUCUUUUUCCCGGUGGGUGUCCUUGUGGUCUGGUAUGGAUGCCAUCAUGCUUCAGGAGAAACUAGUGGAGCGUCUGUUGUGCCCGCGCGUCCGGACCGCCAGGCAGAAGGAGAAGCAGUAUGUGGGCUUCGCCACCCUGCCUAACCAGGUGCACAGGAAGUCUGUGAAGAAGGGGUUUGACUUCACACUCAUGGUGGCCGGAGAGUCUGGGAUGGGGAAGUCCACUCUGGUGAACAGCCUGUUCCUGACUGACCUCUACAAGGACCGAAAGCUGCUCAACGCUGAAGAACGUAUUAACCAAACUGUGGAGAUCAUAAAGCACACAGUAGACAUUGAGGAGAAAGGGGUGAAACUCAAGCUGACCAUCGUGGACACCCCAGGGUUCGGAGAUGCCGUUAAUAACAAUCAGUGCUGGAAGCCCAUCACAGACUACAUAGAUCAGCAGUUUGAGCAGUACUUUAGAGAUGAGAGUGGACUGAACAGAAAGAACAUUCAGGACAACCGAGUCCACUGCUGCCUGUAUUUCAUACCUCCUUUUGGACACGGGCUGCGUCCGGUGGAUGUGGAGUUCAUGAGAGCUCUUCAUGAAAAGGUCAACGUAGUUCCACUCAUUGCUAAAGCUGACUGCCUCACACCAAAUGAGAUCAAGAAGCUCAAAGACAGGAUACGAGAGGAAAUUGAGAAAUUUGGCAUUAAAGUGUACCAGUUCCCCGAAUGUGAUUCUGAUGAGGACGAGGAGUUCAAACAGAUGGAUAAAGAGCUAAAGGAGUGCACUCCCUUCGCGGUGAUCGGCAGCAACACAGUGGUGGAGGCUCGGGGCCAGAGAGUCCGAGGCAGACUGUACCCCUGGGGCAUCGUGGAAGUGGAGAACCAAUCCCACUGUGACUUUGUGAAGCUGAGGAACAUGCUGAUACGCUCUCACAUGCACGACCUGAAGGAUGUGACCUGCGACGUGCACUACGAGAACUACAGGGCCCAGUGUAUCCAGGAGAUGACAAGUAAACUGGCUCAGGACAACCGGAUGGAGAGCCCCAUCCCCAUUCUGCCCCUGUCCACUCCGGAUGCGGAGACAGAGAAACUCAUCAAGAUGAAGGACGAAGAGUUGAAAAGGAUGCAAGAGAUGCUGAACAAGAUGCAGCAACAGAUGCACGAGAAAGAUCAGUGACGGCUGACAGCGCGCAGAGCUGGUACUACAGCGACACCAGCUGUACAAGGCCCGAACUGCAGUCAGACUUUGCAGCGGCACUUAACGCAACUCAAAACAAGUGAUAUAUUUUGACAAGUGACAGCUACAUGUGAUCUCAUGGUACUUGGUGCUUUGUAUAUUCGGUCUGCCUGAAAGACUGUGCUAUAUUGGAGGGUAUUUUUGGAGCCUUUUCCCCCAGUUUGGUUGGACCCCCUUGCUGUGGUUAGUUCUAACAUAUAUAAUAUAAAUGUGUAAUUUAAAUUACUACUCAAUGUUUCUAAUUUAUAAAUUCUAUGCUAAACUUUUUGGAUAUUUCAUCAGGGUAUGACUAUUUGUGCUAUAAAAUGCUUUGUAAGGUAGCUUAGUUUUAUGAUGUUUGCUAAACAUAGUCUUUUUUAUUGUGUGUAUGUGAGCGUGAGUGCAAGUGUGUGUGCCUGUGUUUGUGUGUGUGUGUGUGUGUGUGUGUGUGUGUGUGUGUGUGUGUGUGUGUGUGUGUGUGUGUGUGUGUGUGUGUGUGUGUGUGUGUGCGAAACAUCCUCCAUCUCCUAUAAAUAUUGUCUGAUAUAUAUAUUCUUAAGAGUCCGUCCAUAAUGCAUUUUUGUAGCGUUACUACAAUAACUUUUAUUUUAACUGAUUCAUAAGAACAAAAAAAAAAGAUGUUACCCUUGUUUAUUGUGUUUGACUGCCUGAACAUUUUCUUUCAAUCUUUUUACAUUUGCCAGUCUAUUUUAAAAUGCACUUAUUGCCAGUGGCUAAAUGUGAACGAAAGGGCUUAUGAGGUUGCUACGGUCACGUGCGUAGUGCAUGUGAGAGCAUGCUACAGUUAACUCUGUCGCUGGUUAGUAUAACCAUGAGACCUGACCAGACCCUGUGUCUCCUUCAAAUGCAUCAUGAUCUUUGUUUUGUUGAAGCAUACAUACCGGUUAAAUAUAUAGAUCAAACCUAAGGAACAAGUUGACAUUUCUCUAUUUACAACGCAAGUUUUGUGUGUGAGGAGAUACAUUGUAAAGUGUUUGUUUGUGUGUGUAUGCGUGAGUGAGCAAACGUAUGUGUGCAUGCGCUUGUAUGUGUGUGUGUGUGUGUGUGUGUAAGUGCGAACGUACGAGCGUGUGCACACAUGUCUGUGUGUGUUCACAUGCGCUUUGGUGUGAUAAAAGUGCUGUAUCCUACCUGUUCCACCCUUAAGGCUGUGACCUCCAUCUGCCUGAGCUGUGCUGUAGGUCUCAGGUUGUCACUUGUUCCCGAGCUAUGACCCUAUGGCAAAUAAACAGACUGGAAUCACAAACCUUUGAA